GUGCGUACUACUACAUCCGGCACACCACCAUCGAGACCUUCUCGCGCUGCGUCAACGAGAACACCAAGCGCAAGGGCCUUUUGGACAUCCUCUGCGCUGCCUCCGAGUUCGACGCGGUGCCCGUGCGCUCGGGCGAAGAGGCCACGCUGUAUGGCUUGGCGCAGCAGCUCGGCAUGAAGGUCGACAAGGACAAGCUGAACGACCCUCACACCAAGGCACAGCUCCUGCUGAACGCUCACUUCACACGCAGCCCGAUCACCACAGAUCUGUCUUCGGACCAGAAGUUCAUCCUGGAACACUCCGUGCGGCUGCUCCAGGGCUUGGUGGACGUGAUCUCCUCGUGCGGCUGGCUGACGCCGGCUCUAUCGGCGAUGGAGCUGUCACAGAUGGUGGUGCAGGCCACAACUUCGACCUCAAGCCCGCUGAUGCAGCUGCCUCACUUCACCCCCGCCAUGGUGGACAAGGCAAAGAAGAUGAAGGUCGAGGACAUCUUCGAUGUCAUGGGCAUGGACGAUGGCCCGCGCGAGAAGCUGCUCGACGGUCUGUCCCAGUCGCAGCUCGCAGAUGUUGCCCGCGCGUGCAACCGCUUCCCCGGCAUCGCCCUGGAGUACAAGGUCCAGAACUCUGACGCGCUCUCGGCAGGUGGCAGCGCGAAGAUUGCA